UUUGUUAUCUUUGACUUGCUGUUCACUUUCUUUGUUAUCUAUACCAAAACCCAUGGUGACCGACCUGGGUACGCUAGCGUCCUCGCUUCGCGCAUAAGUGACUUAAAUUCGCUGGCGUGCAAUCUACUACAGUUGUGAAAGAGUAAUCGCAAUAAACGGUAGCAACAGUAGCACUAGAACGGACGAGCAAUCCCCCGGUCAUUCGUAUUCGGGAUAGAAGAAGCGUUGGUCGAAAUACUUCGAACGCGCGCAAGGUUGUUUGUACCUACUUAUCCUGGUGGGAAGACGUAUUUUUUCUUGCGGAAAGUGUGCGGUCGUCGAUUCCAAAAGAAAAUUUCUUAGAACGUUUGUCGGUGCUGUAGGUGACAGGAAAUAACCAAAGAUUAUCCAAAGAAGUGUUUUUCUUAGUUUAAACUUAGAAGGAAUAUCAAAUGAGAGAAGAAAUAUUUUAAGUGAUUCAAAGCUAUUCAGAAUGCAGAUAUAUCCAUAUCAGAAACAAUGUGUGAAGCAAUAAAAAGGUGAUUGUACGGCCACAUCAUGCUAAUAUGAAAUAACGUGAAGUUACAAUAAGCAAUUAGUGAGUUUUUAUUAGUUGUUAAUCGUGAAGAUAAACUGAAGAUACACACCUACACAGCUUUGGGUGCGGAGACAUCAUUCAGCAGUAUGACUAGAGUGUGAGCAGGAGCAAACUACGACAGUGCGGAGCGGAAACGGUGCAGUGAAACGAAUCACGAUCGACUAUAAAUAUAAUGGCAUUAUUUAAUAAGCUGUUUUCGACCAACAAGAAGCGCAGCACCAGUCAAUCAUCACAAAAAUCUAGCUCGGGACAAUUCCCGUUCACCGCCGAUCAGGUUCGAGUGGUUCUUUUUCGCGAAUGCGAUAUCCGAGGACGCAAACUGCUGUUUGACUCCAGCGCAGUGGAGAAAAUUUCCGAAGCACCAUCGACAACCAUAACCGCCACUACAUCGGCUUCAACAAACUACAAACUACCGCAGACCCAAAAAUGCGAUCACUGUAAAGUUCUAUAUCAGCAUAGUUCCAAUCCGAAGAAUGACAUCAAAGCACUGGCGGAGAUGAUAUUCGGUUCGGCGCCGAUCGCCUUUCAAGGGAGCAGUUUGAAGGUUCACUGGUUGAAAACUCCCGCCGCCGCCAUGAUGUGCUCCCAUGUGUUUCCGGCACCGGCGCCGAAAAAUGUCAGCGGAACAAGCAGUAAGAAGAUCUCUGUGUCAUCCUAUUUGGGAUCGGAUCUCGUUGUGGGAAGUAACAACGGAUUCAAUCACGACCGAUAUCCGUCCGGAAGUGAUCUCAGUUCGAUCGAUACGACGUCACUUCGGUCUUUUACGGUUACUUCUUCUACCUCGACGCAGCAUGAUGUGUCAUACAACCAUCGUCAUAGAUUACCAAUCCCUCCAGAGUUUGGUCAGUUGGAGCGGCUAACUGAUCCUCGGUUAUCUACCAACAGCGGGAUGGAUUCCGGCUAUGGUGGUACAGAUCCUUGGGCUACCUCGGUAAGUAGCUCGCGGCAUCCGUUGUCCUCGCACCGCAGCAGUUUGGCAUCGAUCAGCAGCGAUUUCGACUGUUUUCGAAGACUCAGUACCGAUAUCAGUGCUGAGCUCCCGCAGCCAAUGAGUGUUAGUGAUUGUAGUCAAUACGGAAGCUUUAAUCGACGAGUGACGAAGAAUUUGUCCACGUCAUUCGAAAACCGGCUAUCAUUGGCUGAUCACAUCGGGCAUGUGGAUGAUCUUAGUCAAACAGGAUCAACUUGCACCAGUAGCCAGGUGACGGCGAGUGACGGUUGUGUGGGAGGGCGAAAUCGCAGAAACAGCGAAACCAUAGAACUGAACAGGCGGAAAGCAUUCAGCGGUGAAGUGUUAUCAACUGCGACCAACUACCACGGUAAACCUCCAAGCAAAAAGGCACGCCUGGGGCUUGCAUUGUACAUUCAGUUGGAUGACGGUUUGCUGCACGAGAUGGAAGCGUACUGCUCGGAGCAUAUGAGCAUAUUCGAAUCGAUGUUGUGUCGACUAAGAGUGGCGGCGGAAAAUGCGUGCUACCGAUGGCCGCUACUUCUUCAGAUAAUGCUGACAGCAUGGCACUCAACGCAGCAAUGGUUGGUAGACUUCUUUACGGCGCCACGCCUGGUGAAUCCAGUUUGGAUAACUUUGAGCAGCAGUGCGACUACGGGAAAUUCCAACAGCAGUUCGCAACUCAACCAGGCGGCCCUCAGUAUAGCCAACAACUUCAUGAAUGAUCUAUCAUCGCUGUUGUCCCUGGCGGACACCAAGGAUACCAAAUUAUUCAUCAGUACCCUUCUGACGGCUGUUCUGACGCAUCACCUAGGCUGGGUGAGCACAAUUGCCCCCAUAAGUAGCGGCUCAUCUGAGUCACACAGUGGACCAGCAGACGAAAAGGAUAAGCUGUCGAAAAUAACGGCCAACCACCCGUACAAUGUACUGUGGGCACAAUUGGGUGACCUGUACGGCGCGGUUGGGUAUCCGGUGAAGCUAACUAAAACCAUCAUUUGUGGAAGUCCACAGCUGAGCAACACCAUAGGAAAAAUUUUGAACGUUCUGUCAUACUUUGUACGAUGCAGUGAGAUCCGAAGGACGGCUCAUGCUGAAGUUUUUGAGGAGGGAAAAAUCAAAGAAGCUUUCGCCGCACAGCGGGUUAUCAAUAAUGUUAGCAGCAAUCAGAGUUUCCAAAGUGGCGCGGGACAAUUGGGUGAUUGCAGAUCACCAAAGAUGACAAGAACCGCAUCCGGAAUGGUUCGAUCAUCGACACGUAUGAAAGACUUGACCGCCAUGGGAAAGGAUACGAGCGAUGGCGCAGAUGGAGAACUAUCCGAUUUACUCAAGAAGACAGUAAUGAACGAUAUCCCGAAUGUAUUGGUUUAUCGCGAUUCUAGAUUUGUACAACAGGAACUUAGGAUUGGCAACAAAAGUAUGGACACUGAACUUUUGAUGAACGCCAGAGAUAAGCAAUUUUUAGAAAUGAUCUACCAUAUCAAGAAAGAACAAAAUAGGCCUCCCAUAAGAAUGACUUUGACCCAACCAGACGAGACCGGCCAAGAGGCAAUAGAAUUAGAUGUAAGCGAUACUGGAGAUACAGAUUCGAUACGAUUGUCUAAAUUGAUCACAGAGAACAAUAUCGGCGAUACUGCGAAUGGUCAACGAUUACUUUGGGGAUUGGAACGAAUAAAGGAUGGUAUUUCAUUGGAACAGUUGAAAUAUAUUGAUGUUCUGCGUGGUAACUAUGAUACUUUGAAGCAAAGCCGUCCAAAGGACGAAGUUGUAUUUGUACUAGGAGAGGAUGAACAGCUCGUGAAUAUCAAACAUAUGCAACCUUCGACCGCAUCCGACAAAACAAGUGAGCUAGGAGCGGUUGGUGGGAAGAAACCUUGCUCUCACAGCAGACUUCGAAAACAUUCCGUCAUUUUCAAUUUCGACCAAUACCCCAAAGUAUUUGAAAAAUAUUUGAAAAGUCAAAAUCUUGAACUUAGCGAGCACGACUUUUUCGAAAAAGGCUUGAAAUUGUCCCUCAAAUUUCAGCCGGAAAUUGAGUUUUUCUCAUCAACGGAUCCAACUGAAGAAGAAGAAUGCGAUAUUUGCCGCAAUACCUCCCUGCAAACCCCGACGAAUGCGUCAGAAUUUGAAUUCUCCAGUGAUCUAAAUGAAGGGAGUCUUUUCAGCUCAGGAAACGAUCCAUCUAGUCAUGAUAACGCCUCUAACCCUUUCACCUUAGCAACUGUUCAAGAACAUGUCGAAAUCAAAGCCAAACACCCGGACAGCAUAUUGAAAUUAGUGGAUAUUCCACUAUCCAAGCCAAUGAGUAACGCGAACGAUGAGAACAAUAACGACAAGACUGAUAAAUUAAGAAAAUUGCCCAAUAAAGCCGGUUUUAUACCAUCAUUGUUCUCUCGAGUUGCGGACCACUAUAUCCCGGAUAUGGUUCUUCAAGGUACCACCGCUCCUCCUACCAAAUGGGAACGGGCUCUCAAGAAGGACCUGAGUCUCGCCUCCCGAUUUGCCCUCAUGGAACAAUAUCCUACAGAAAACCUCGCUAUUGUCGCCAACCUUGAGACCCACGAUGUAAGGUUAGUAACAUCUAACCAAUCAUCGUUGGCUCCAAGCAAUCCCAACGGGGAAUUGGUAUACAUGUCGCGAAUCGUGUCAUCAAUGUUGGAAACGGUACACGCCAUGUGGAGUUCCGGAUUGUCAUCUUUCCAGUGUAUGGCUUUUAUAGAAUCCAAAUUACGUGAAAUGUAUCUGCAAUCGGAGUCCAUCGCCAGCUUUUUGCUAACCACUGACUUUUGUUCCAUCGAAUCGAUAACAAAGGCACUGGACAUCACUGCCCCCGAUAUGCCCCUACUGUUGUCCGUGGCUUCGAUACACACCCCGGAGGUGACAAAGCGAUACGUUUUGCAAUAUCGGUGAUUGGAACUUGACGCGAGUUUCCUUCGCGAGAAGAAUCACUUGCGAGUUUUUGUGAUACUAGGUUUAAGCUACUGCAUAGAGCAAUCAACGCUUCAGGAAGAUCUGUUAGUUGUUACCGAUUGAGAUGACUCAUCAUUGAAUUAGUAGGGCAUGUGUGUGUAUGCGGCUCUCUUUACCAAUGAGAUGUGAUUCCAAGAUAGCUGCGAAUGUAGUUAUCUCAUUUGCCAGGAUAGAAAAUAUGUAGCAUAAAUGUAUUUUAGGUAAAUAGGGUUAUUUAACGAUUGAAAAGUAUUUCUUCUGAUAUUUAAUAUUGAGAAUUCAGUAAAAGCUUAUCAAAUAGGUAACUUCUUUACCAUUCAUCAAAAUAAAUGAAACCGUUGCAAAAAUUA